AUGGCCCGCAUCUCUCUCAUUACCCUCGCUUCUCUUGCGGCCUCGUUAUGUGCCGCUCACGAUGGACACGAACAUGACCAGAUACCCAUGGACUACGUCCGAUUCCCCUAUCAGGCGAAGCUAUAUCCUGGAGAUAAUGAUGUGACUGCCGACUCCAUCUUCUCCGGGAUCACCACUUUUGCGAAGCUUCCUUGGGUGAAGUGCUUAGGCAAGGAGAGCGACGUGCCAUUCGACAUCGCCUUCCUUGGCGCACCCUUCGAUACCGCAACAUCCUAUCGUCCCGGAGCGCGCUUCGGACCCUCCGGUAUCCGAGCAGGUUCCCGCCGCCUGACUCUGUAUGGCGGAUACAACGUCCCCUUGGCGGUCAACCCCUUCCUCUCAGGACUGCGCCUUGUAGACUGUGGCGACAUCCCGGUAACGCCCUACGACAAUGCAUAUGCUAUCAAGCAGAUAGAGGACGGUCACAAGACGCUCCUCCACCGCACACCCUUCUCCCCUCUCGGUAACGACUCGUUGACCGGCAAGCCGCUCGUUCCGUUGGGCAUCGACGGCAAAAGCCAUCCACGGAUCGUCACUCUAGGCGGAGACCACACGAUUGUCCUACCUCUGCUGCGGUCUAUAUCCUCUGCGUAUGGCCCGAUCUCGGUCAUCCACUUCGACUCGCACUUGGAUACGUGGAAGCCGAGCGUUUUUGGCGGGGCGCCCAGUGAUCAAGCCGCCAUCAACCACGGGACGUACUUCUACUGGGCCAGUCAGGAAGGGUUAAUCAAGAAUGGAAGCUCGAUUCACGGCGCGAUCCGCACCACUCUAUCCGGCCCCGCGGACUAUGAGAACGACGACGCGUCCGGCUUUCAGCGUAUUGAAGCUCGAGAGAUUGAUACCCUGGGCGUUGAGGGUAUCAUCAAGAAGAUCAAGUCCACCGUCGGAGAUAACCCAGUCUAUCUCUCAAUCGACAUCGAUUCUAUCGAUCCCGCGUUUGCGCCUGCAACAGGGACUCCCGAGACGGGCGGCUGGUCGACGCGUGAGCUGCGUACGAUCCUUCGUGGUUUGGACGGGUUGAAGAUCGUAUCCGCGGAUAUUGUCGAGGUUGCGCCGGCAUACGACACGAAUGCUGAGCUUACCACUAUGGCGGCGGCAGAUGUUCUGUACGAGGUCAUCAGCGUCAUGGCGAAGACGCCACUCGGCAAGCUUCAGCCUGACCCGGAACCCACACAUGAGACCUGA